AUGGGUUCAAAAAUUGAAUACGUGGAUUCGUCACAUUUGUACGCCACAAAUUACGUUCGUAAUUCGAAAGCUAUAGGUGUGCUUUGGGCAAUAUUCACAAUUUGCUAUGCGAUUAUCAGCGUUGUGGCAUUCGUGACGCCAGAAUGGAUUGGCGAUCUUGAGACUGAAUACCCUAGAAAGUUUGGUUUGUGGCAGAUUUGUAGAACAGACGAGGUCAGCGAGGAUUGUAAAGGGAGGCUGGACGAGUUUAUGUCAAUAAAUGGAUUUGUUUUCAAAGUGACUACAGUGCUAGUGGCAGUAGCGGUAGCACUCGCUUUGUUUACAAUUUGUUCGUUACUCCUGUUUUUCUUUUGUCAAUCAACCACCGUCUUUCACAUUUGCGGCUGGUUACAGUUGUUAUCAGGUCAGUAA